AUGGCGCUCAGAGGAUAUCUUCUGGUGACCGUUGUAGCGGCGCUCCUUGUUCCGCCUCUUCUGGCGUGCGGCUCUCCAUUUUCACAGCAGGCUCCAGAAGACAAGUUGGAAGGGGUCUUGAACUCACUUUCUUUACUGAGGAUGAAGGCUGCCCUGUUGAGUUCCUCCCUGGAUGAGUCCCGGACCCCUCCCUAUGCGAAGUUCGCUCAGAACAGUGCCCUGAUGAUCAUUGACUGCAAAAUGGGCGUGCAGUCUCCCGACGUCUGCCUACUUCACGGUUUUUCCCAAGAAACACGAAGUGUACCAGACUAUGUUGGUGGCUUCUAUGAGCCCAGAGUCUCAAUGAGUAUUAAUAGUCCCGCCGCUGUAACGAUCUCUGCAUACAAAAGCGGAGAACAGGUGUGCGACGAUCAACACGUGAAAGAGCGAAUCGGCGAUGAGUUGGCAGCACACGCAGCCGAAAUAUACGAUCUUGCCGCCCAGGCCGGAUUACUUGAGGCAGGGAGUAGCGCUUCUGAUGCGUAUAAUCAAGACGCUCUGCGGGACGUCGCAGAUCACUCUACCUUUUUUUGGAGACGAUUCGAAAAGCUUUUCUCCAAAGAAGGGCAUUCAGAAGAAGAAAAUAGCGUGCCACACAUGCCACAUCAUAGGAAGCCACAACGGCGUCCCGGUCACGCGAACAACAUCGGCCACCAAGACGAAGUCCCAGUCAUGUCGGAGCCAAUAGGAACAUCGGCAAGUGCGUUUCCUGGCCCUGAGUUGCCACACAUUCCAUCCAAUAUAGCGAAUUGGCAAACUGGUGUUCCAGAAAAAGCAGGAGCAGCAGACCAUUUUGGAGGGAAUGUAGGAAGGAGAGGGUCUUCUCAGGGCUUGGGAACCACUGAAGAAACUGCGGCACAGACUAGUCAAUCAUUUCCCUUCUCCGGCUUCCUCGGCAUGAUUCCUCCUCCCUUCCUUCCGACAGGUAUUAGCUCCUUUGGGCUGCAACAGUUCCUGAAUACCCCACUGGCAUUCGGGUCAAGGUUUCUGAUUCCUAGCAGCCCGGUCAGUGGAUUUCCUUUCUUCCCGUUCAGCCCUGGCACUCUAAUGGCGUUGAUGGAGAACUUCGAAAGUGGGGACAGCCGACUCCCAUCCGCCAUGUCAUCAGGCGCCCCUCCUGCUUCCUCCACGGAGACGUCAAAACUCAAUUUCGAAGGAAAUGAUAUCGAUGCGGCUAUCAACAACUUCGCAAUGACGGAAGCCGAUCUGUUCUAA